AUGGCUGCGCGUGCGGAGUUGGAGGCGCUGGUGCGCGGGGACGCCGUGCUGUCUGCGUUUGAGAACACCGGUGGUAGCAACAGCAACAACAACAGCAGCAGCAGCAACAGCAAUGAUGCCAGCGACAUGAUCAGCACCAACACCAGCAACAACAACAACGUGAGCAGUGGUGGUGAUGGCGACGGUGACAAGGUGAUGAAGCGGCCACGCCUGGUGACGAAGACGGCAGGAGGCGAGACAACAGAACUGGAGACGAAGGUGAAGGAGGAGGCAGAGGAGAGCAUACACGAAGCACACCUUAACGCCCAUGAUGACAGCAGUGCACUCGAUGGUGGUGAAGGAGGUGCUCGUGGAGGUGAUGACGGUGGUGAUGAUGAUGGCGUGGGCACAGCGCGGUCGGGCGCCUCAUCAACGGCACCCGACGAUGCGCGCAACAACCACGAUGAUGGCGAUGGUGACAACCACGAUGAUGAAGUUGGUGGUGGCAGAAAUGCGGCGACGGUCCACGGGUAUCCGCACUCGAAGGUUUCCUACUUCAACAUUGUCGACUGCCCCGUCUUCCACCCGUCGGUGGAGGAGUUCAGCAACCCGCUCAAGUACAUCGCAGCCAUUCGACAUGAAGCGGAGAAGUUUGGUAUCUGCGUGAUCCGGCCGCCGGAUGUGUGGCAGCCGCCGUGCGUUCUCGACGAGCGUGACUUCUACUUCUCCACCCGCUCAGAGCGCACACACCAGCUGUUCCGCCGCCGUAACGCACGCUCCCUCUUCCUGGACGCCCUGCGCGCGCACUUGCACACGGAGGGCAUCGCGCUUGACCCAUGGCCGAUGCUGGCGCAGGUGGAGGUGGACUUGUACCGCCUGUACCACAUUGUGCUUCGGUUUGGCGGCGCGCAGGUCAUCACAGACUCACACGCGUGGGGCGAUGUUGCUGAACGUCUGGGCAUUCCGCGCUUUUCCACGCGCCCAACCGCCAUGUUCACCCUCUACACCAAGUACCUCCUCUCAUACUCCAUGCUCAGCGAUGCCGAGCGCGCGCGUCUGGAGCGGGAGGUGCGCCUCAACCGCAGCCACCCAUCCCACUGCGACGAGCCAUUUGGGUUUGGGUCCGGGAUGCAGCACUCGCUGGCGUCGUUCAAGCGCAUGGACCAGGCCUGGCGCAGGCGGGUGUAUGGCGCCGAGUUUGCGACUGCGCUGCCGCCCGAGGCCGAGAUUGAGAAGAAGUACUGGGAAACGGUGACGGGGGAGGAGCACUUCAACACGUUCUACGGCAGCGACAUUGACACCACCGUGCACGGCAGCGCGUUCCCGACGUCGCCAAAGGAGGUGUACUCGCGGUUUGGGUUCAACCUGAACGUGCUGCCUGGCGUGCCGGAGUCGAUGCUCAAGUACCUUGACGGCAUCUCGGGCAUCAGCAUGCCCUGGCUCUAUGUCGGCAUGCUCUUCUCCUCUUUUUGCUGGCACGUCGAGGACAACUUCCUCUACAGCAUCAAUUACAUGCACUUUGGCGACGGCAAGCGCUGGUACGGCGUGCCUUCCAGCCACGCCCACAAGCUGGAGGCCGCGUUUCAAAAGCAUCUGCCAAACGAGUUUAGGAACAACCCAAGCCUCAUGCACGACCUCGUCACACAGGUGCCGCCGGAUGUGCUUGCCGCUGAGGGCGUGCUCAUCUCGACGUGCGUGCAGAAGCCGCGCGACUACGUGGUGACGUUUCCCCAGGCCUACCACGCCGGCUUCAGCCAGGGGUUCAACUGCUGCGAGGCCGUCAACUUUGCUGCCGCCGACUGGCUCCCUUUCGGCAUGCGUGCGAUGCAGCAGUAUCAGCUCGAGAAGCGGCCGACGACGCUCGACCAGGAGAAGCUCCUGUGCCAAGUCGCCCUGCAAGAGACGGACCGGGACAUGCUGCGCUACGCAUUUCCGCUCGUCAAGCAGAUUAUCGCCAAGGAACUCCGCAUCAGACGCAGCCGCCUUGCACAGCUGCCGCUGCGGACGCUGUCGGAAGCGAUUCGCACGAAUGCGGAGGUGUUUGACGUGCAGGACCCGUCGUCCUCGUCCUCUUCCAUGCGUACGCAAAAGCACGCGAUGCAGACAAUUGAGACGAUGGCCACGCGCAUGCGAAUGGCCCGCGGCCUCGGCAAGUCCACGGCAGAGGACGUGCGGGGCGCUGCGCUGGAGAACAUGUGCAUGGCGUGCGGCAGCUGUCGUCGCAUCUGCUUCCUCUCUGCCGUCAUGGUUUCCCCCGGCACGUCGCUGCGGUUUGAGAGGGAGGGGGUGCGCACGCGCUACGAUGAGGAUGACGAGGCCGAGGGCCGUGGUCGCCGGCAACACCGCCACCACCAUGCCAGCAGCAGCAACAAGAUCAGCAACAAGAGCAGCAGCAGCAGCGAGGGAGGGGAUGAUGGCAGCGGCGGUGACGGGCACAACAGCCGCGAGCAUGGUAGCAGUGACGGCAGCAGCGAUGCGGGUGGACCGCCGCAGCUGUGCUGUGUUGACUGCACGAUCCGACACGAGCGGGAGCUGCAGGGGCACAUGGAGUGCCUUGUUGUCCGGUUUGGGGAGGAGGACCUGCGGGCGGUGGUGAAGGAGAUUACGCGCAAGGUGGAAGGGCUCGAGCCCGUCCCCGUCGAGGAAUACUACGGCCUGCUCUGA